CAAGGAAGUCGACUUCUCUGACAGCUCUCUCUGCCAACCUAAAUCUCUCUCCUUUGCACGACUCUCUCUCUCUCUCUCUCUCUCUCCACCACCCCUGAAGAAAUGUCUGCAUCAUCUCCAGAAAAUGCGUUACGUUAUUGUUUCCCAUCUAUCCAGUUUACCCUCUUUACCUCUCCAUACUUCUUUUUGAGAUACACGUACACGAAGGAAGUUGGGUUGCUUUGAUCGGAAGGGUUUUUUUUUUCCAUUAAGAAGUUUCUGUGUUCUCAGCUCCAUUGAAGAGGAAGUUGGAGAGAGAAGGAGUAGAGUAAACUUCGUGGUUUUGUGUUUGACGUUGUGUAGAGAGAGGAGGAAAGAGAAUUGAAAUUGUAGUGGGGAAAAUGGACUUUUGCUCGAGGUUUUGCUGUGUAAAGGGUUUGGAUCGGAAAGGAGAAAAGAAGAAGAAAUCAACGUGGAGGAUUUUCUCUUUGAAGGAAUUGCACGCAGCUACGAACAAUUUUAACUACGACAACAAGCUUGGAGAAGGUGGAUUUGGCAGUGUUUAUUGGGGUCAGCUAUGGGAUGGAUCUCAAAUAGCGAUUAAAAGGUUAAAGGUUUGGAGCAAUAAAGCAGAUAUGGAGUUUGCUGUUGAGGUUGAGAUUCUGGCACGAGUACGGCACAAGAAUUUGCUAAGUUUACGAGGCUAUUGUGCCGAAGGACAAGAGCGUCUGAUUGUAUAUGACUACAUGCCUAAUCUGAGCUUACUCUCACAUCUCCAUGGGCAGCAUUCAGCUGAAUGUCUUCUUGAUUGGAACCGGCGGAUGAACAUUGCAAUUGGCUCUGCUGAGGGAAUUGCCUAUCUUCAUCACCAUGCGACCCCACAUAUAAUUCACAGAGACAUUAAAGCGAGCAACGUGUUGCUAGAUUCAAAUUUCCAAGCUCAAGUUGCUGAUUUUGGAUUUGCGAAGCUCAUACCGGACGGUGCGACGCACGUAACCACCAGAGUCAAAGGUACUCUUGGCUACCUUGCGCCAGAAUAUGCAAUGUUAGGAAAGGCAUCAGAGAGCUGUGAUGUCUACAGCUUUGGCAUUCUUCUGCUUGAGCUUGCUAGUGGCAAGAAACCAAUUGAGAAGAUCAGUGCAACGAUGAAGCUAAAAGUCACAGAGUGGGCUCUGCCUUUGGUACGUGAGAGGAAAUUCAGCGAACUCGCAGACCCAAAACUAAAUGGGAAGUACGAGGAAGAAGAAUUUAAAAGAGUUGUCUUCAUUGCACUUGUCUGUGCUGAUAGUCAACCUGAGAAGAGACCUACCAUGCUUGAGGUGGCUGAGCUACUGAAAGGAGAUUUGAAAGAGAAGUUUGCUGCUCUGGAAAUUGAUGAAUUGUUCAAGAGUCCUCAAACUGCAGAUUAUGAUGAUGGGAUGUCCAUUGCAGAAGACAGUUCAGACUUCAUCUCAGAGGAAAAGGAAUCAAAACAAGAAACUGGAAAAAGUUGCGCUCUAGCCCCCAAAUAACUACGUCGUGAUGGUGGGUGGCUAGAUUGGCAUGGUUAUGAGGGUUAUGGAAAUAGAUUUUUGAUUUGGAUUGUUUUCAGUUCAUUGGCGGAGUGACUGUUUUUAAAGGAUUGCUGCCUAUUGAAUUGAAAGGGUGGUUUGUGUUAUGAGAUUUAUAUUUGGAGUUUUCAGUUGUACUUUUGACCUUGUGGAAGUAUCUGAAUACAAUUAAACGCAGAGUUUGG